AUGGUAAACCAUGGCUACCAAUACUCGUCCAGCCAUCUAGCGUUCUCGAUGAGUUACCUCCGCUGGUACUCCCUGGCGAUGCUUGUCCCCUUCGAAAUCACGAACGGAAUCGUCAAUCUCGGCCUAUUCGUCCCGAACUCGAAUGUCGCUAUCCGCGUUACUAUUAUGACGGUUUUCAUCCUGGGCUUCAACAUGCUCCCCGAGAGAAUUUUCAAAAGAUCCGAAGCGUUGUUUACCGGUCUGAAACUGAUCACGACUGUUGGGCUUCUGAUCAUGUCGAUUGUCUUGGGCGUCCGUGGAGUUCCUGACACCGAUAUACAAGGGUUCCAUUACUGGAGGGAUCCGGGGUUCAUGAAUCAAUACCAGGUCAGCGGGAAUACAGGUCGGUUUUUGGGGUUGGUGCAGUGCUUGCUUUACAGCACUGUUUCGUUCACCCUAGUGCCGGAGCUGAUUGUCCAACGAGCGGAGGAAAACGAUGCGACCGUGCGGCCAAGCAUACUGAGAGUAACUCAGAUUGACAGCAUCCAGCUUUCGGUGUUGUAUGUCCUCAGUGUGAUAGCUGCCGGGUUAGUAUGUCCGUCUAACCAUCCCAUGUUGACGAACAAGGGCGUGGGUGCUGGAUCGUCACCUUUCUUCGUGGCCAUCUUGAUUUCUCGGAUUCAGAUCCUGCCCAUUGUGGUAACCAUGUUGAUUCUUCUCUCGUCUGUGGCCUCAGGACGCUCUUUUCUCUUCCUGGCGUCACGGCUUCUUUACUCGCUGGCGGAGGAAGACCAUGCGCCCCCAGUGUUUAAACAUCGCAAUCGAUUCGGAGUACCAUACGUUGCGGUGAUUGCAUCUGCCUGGUUUGUGGCAUUUGCGUAUCUGUCUGUGGCGACGUCAAGCUCUGCGGUGUUUAACUGGCUUAUGCAUUUCCUCACGACGUCGGGGUACAUCUCGUGGCUAGGAUCGUGCAUAAUCUACCUCCACUUUCGCCGCACAGUUGAAGAGCAGGGGUUUACACGGGCGCACCAGACCCGCAUCCAUCCGUAUGGGGUGUACUUUGGGAUUCUGACUUGCAGCGUGUUGCCAUUUGUCAACGGGUUAAUCACGGCACCGUCUGACACUGUUCCCAGCAACUUGCUUUCGGCGUACCUGGGCAUCAUCAGCUUCGUUCUCUUGUAUAUUGGACAUCGGAUUAAUUCGAUUAUGCAUGGACAGGACCAUUCAGAGACCAGCCCUGUGCGGAGGAUGUUAUUCUGGAGGCAACCAGAGCGGACGGAGGAGAUUGAGUUGGGAGAGCGACGGAGGGAGAAUUAA